CUGUUUCUCACCAGUUCUGUUUAGGAGUCGAGUGGAAACUAACCGAUCAUUUGGUUCCAAUGGAUCUUGUUUUGUUGCUGUUGCUGGUGUUUGUUCCUCCAGCUGUUCAGUGCUACAGCUCAGGUGUGGUCCUAGACAGCUGUGAAGACAUGAAGCCUCGCCACAGCGGGUUGAGCCCACAAACAGGACUGUCGCCGUUCACUGUCACCACAGAACACAGCAGCUACAGACCUGGAGAGGAGGUCACAGUCCAGCUCCAGGCCCCAGCCUCCACUCCAUUCACUGGUUUCCUGUUACAGGCCAGAGAAGUGGGCGGGCGGUCCCCUGUGGGUUCCUAUGCCGUGGCAGCCGGGCCCGUUCAGCUUCUCACCUGUGGCCAAACACCUAACAACUCAGCAGACAUCUCUGCUGUAGUCUUCACCGGAGUGUCCGAGACAUACAGUGCAUCAUUUGUCCAGAACUACAAUACCUUCUGGGUUGGUGUAAGAAGCCCUACCCUGACCUUAACUAAUGACUCUAAUGGAUCUCUAAGUCCUGCAACUACCAGCACUUCUAACACUACCCCAGCACUGAGUAUCUCCAGUGCAGACUGCGGUGUGAGUAAGGUGUGCUUCAGUCAGCCUUCAGACUGUGAUCCUGCCAUCAGUGCUGGCUGUUAUUUCUUGUCGGCUACGAUGCUGUCUACCAGUGGUGCAGCCGUCCACUAUGAGAUGUCGGGAUCUUCUAAUGGUUACAUCUCUUUUGGAUUUUCUGAUGAUCAGAUGAUGGGAGAUGAUGACAUUUAUAUUUGUGGGAUAAGCAGUGAUGGACUGGUGUCGGUGCAGCAUGCCUUUUCAACUGGACGUACAGCCCCACAAGCACUGCCUCUGGGAAAUGUUACUGAUGUACAAGCAUCAGUGCAGGACAAUGUGAUCAGAUGUUCCUUCACUUCCAUGAACACUAUUUCUACUCAGAGGACUUCUGGCUUCAACAAAACCUACCACCUCAUGUUUGCCUAUGGACCCAGCAACAACGGACGAAUCCAGUUCCAUACGGGUACUUUCACCAGCACUGACAAGGUGGAUAUUUCCAGACCUGGGCUUGUCCAGAAAGCUGGGAGGCCUCACAUUAUCAAAGCACAUGGAGCUCUGAUGCUGAUCGCCUGGAUGAGCACAGGAUCACUGGGAAUGAUGGCAGCCCGAUAUCUGAGAGUGGGCAUCGACCAGAAGCUGUGCGGCAAAGAUGUUUGGUUUGUGGUCCAUGUGGUAUUGAUGGGUGUGACAGUAGCAGCCACCAUCACUGCCUUCAUCCUCUCUUUCUCGUAUGUUAAGGCAUGGUCUGGGGGCGUUCAUCCUGUGCUGGGCUGCAUUGUUCUGAUCCUCUCAGUCCUCCAGCCCAUACUGGCUCUGCUGCGCUGUGGACCCCAGCAUCCACUGAGAAUUUUUUUCAACUGGACACAUGCCUUAAAUGGACUGGCAACUAAAGUUUUAUCUGUGGCAGCCAUAUUUACAGGCCUGAAGUUGAUUGACAGCACUAUCAACCAAUGGCUGAUGAAGGUGAUGGGUGCUUUAGUUGGAUGGGAAGUCUUGUUCUACAUCCUGUUGGAGGCCCACUUAAAAUGGAAAGUUAAGAGUAAAGAUGCUACAACCACACUACUGGAAUCCAACACGGUUACAGUUGCUGUUUUACUGAUGGCUCUGUUCUUCUUUGGAAACCUCUCUGUUCUGGUGGCUCUCCUGGUUGGAAUUGGGAUGUCAUGAGCGAAAGAAGAGUCAAAGGAGAAUUCCUACAACAUAUAUAACAUAUAUAAACAUAUUUACGAAACUAGUAGAUGCAUUUUUAGAGCUCGUCUGGUUUGUGAGUCCUUUCUCAAAUAAUAAAAUAUACAAUUCAUUAUGAAGCCACAUUUAACUUUAAAUGUAGACGGAGAUAGUUUCGGCUGCACAGUUUAUAUGCGAGUAGCCAUGCGCUGAUGUGUUUAUUAAGAAGAAAGUUGUAGAUUGUCAUUAUAAUGUACCUGUACAUAAGACUGUCACUUGUAUUAUGCAAAGGCUACUGCUUUGGUCUGUAGUUUACUCAUCCAGACAGCAAGGCAAUAUGUGACUGUCACGAACUGGUGUGUAGAACCCAAGCAGCAGGCACAGACAGGUGGGUGAAAUUAAUAAUGAUUUAAUGAAAAUAAGAAUAUAUGAACGGAAAAACUCUUAACGGAGGCAGGAGGAAAACAACGGGGAGGAGAAAAUAAACUAAACCAAGGGCGGACCCGAAGGCUGAGGUAAACUAACAUAAAACUAAAUUACGGGGAAAGGUGACUCACAGAAUGUCCAGAGAUUGUCCAGUGUCUGACGGGCGGAAGAGGGGCAGAACAGACAGAGCCAAGGAAGAGAUGUUGAAAUGACUUUUGAAAAUUUCCUUCUUGCUAAUAAAUGAUAUGAGUAGGGAUGAAUGUUUUUCAUCAUUUUCUUUUGUUGUUAAAAAAAAUUUUUGUUUAUAUUCAUUAUG